AGCAGUCCCAAAUCCAACCUACAGGCACUGGGAACUUUAAAGCAACCAGGGACUGCUUGAAAAUAGCACUUCUUUUUGCUUUCUUUGUAUUCAAAACUGUAUCCUCUCCCGACCGGUUCUGCCGCCCCAGGUCCGAGUCUCUCCGGUCAGGAGCCCCGGCUUUCCAGAACAGUAACAGCUCCUUUAGCUCGCUUUUCUUCUUUGAUUUUUCAAACUAAUUAUUAUUACGUUUUCUUCCCCUUGUUUGUUUUCCGCACACCUUCAGGAAGCCCUCGGUGCUUGAGCAAAGAGAAGCUCCUAUUGCAACCUCCUUCCCUGUGCCGUGCGCCUCGGUGUAAACAUUUUGGAUGAUCUAAAGACUCUGGGGUCUGUAUAUGGAAAUAGUGGGGUGCAGAGCAGAAGAAAAUACUUGUCCUUUCCGUCCCCCAGCCAUGCUUUUCCACGGGAUCUCCGGAGGCCACAUCCAAGGAAUCAUGGAGGAGAUGGAGAGGCGAUCCAAGACCGAGUCCCGCCUGGCCAAAGGGGGACAGAUGAACGGCCGAGAAACGAACAUGCCCCCCAUGAGCCCCGAGAAGCCCGCUUUGUGCGCUGGGUGUGGAGGGAAGAUCUCAGACAGAUAUUACCUGCUGGCUGUUGACAAACAAUGGCACCUCAGGUGUCUUAAGUGCUGUGAAUGUAAACUGGCUUUGGAGUCAGAACUCACCUGCUUUGCCAAGGACGGCAGUAUUUACUGCAAGGAGGAUUACUACAGAAGGUUCUCCGUGCAGAGAUGUGCCCGCUGCCACCUUGGGAUCUCAGCCUCUGAAAUGGUCAUGAGAGCCAGGGAGUCGGUUUAUCACUUGAGCUGCUUCACCUGCACCACCUGCAACAAGACUCUGACCACGGGCGAUCACUUUGGCAUGAAGGACAACCUGGUUUACUGCAGGGCCCACUUCGAGUCCCUUUUACAAGGAGAAUACCCCCCUCAGCUGAGCUACACCGAGUUGGCAGCCAAGAGCGGAGGGCUGGCCCUGCCCUACUUCAACGGCACGGGCACCGUGCAGAAGGGGAGGCCCAGGAAACGAAAAAGCCCUGCCCUGGGAGUGGACAUCGUCAACUACAACUCAGGUUGUAAUGAGAACGAGGCAGAUCACAUGGACAGAGACCAGCAGCCUUAUCCCCCAUCCCAGAAGACAAAGCGCAUGCGCACCUCCUUCAAACACCACCAGCUUCGUACCAUGAAGUCCUACUUUGCUAUCAACCACAACCCAGAUGCCAAGGACCUCAAGCAGCUUGCCCAGAAAACAGGCCUGACCAAGAGAGUUCUGCAGGUUUGGUUUCAAAACGCAAGAGCCAAAUUCAGAAGGAACCUUUUGCGGCAGGAGAAUGGGGGUGUCGAUAAAGCGGACGGCACCUCACUUCCGGCACCGCCCUCCGCAGACAGCGGCGCUCUCACUCCACCCGGCACUGCGACCACUUUAACAGACCUGACCAAUCCCACUAUCACUGUAGUGACAUCAGUGACCUCUAACUUGGACAGCCACGAACCCGGGAGCCCCUCACAAACUACCUUAACGAACCUUUUCUAACAUUGCCGUUUUUUUUUUUUAAUUUUUAUUUUUAUUCUUACUCUUCUUCUUUAUUAUUAUUAUUAUUAUUAUUAUUAUUAUUUUGAUUAUUUUCAAGCCUUUUUUUUUUUUAAACAAAAUAACAAACCCACAAAAUAUUUGGGAAAAUAAACAGCUUGAUGUGUAGCAUCUGCAGCCACUUGGCAAAUGAGUUUGAAGUAAUAUGUUGCUAUAAUAAACAAGCAUUUGUUGUUGAUAAAUUGUACUCAAAUUUUUUUAAUUCAUCAGACAACCGAAGAGAAGUUCUGAAUCAUUCUAAUAAGUGCCUCUUAAAAUUGUAUGUUACUUAUUUCCACAAUCUUGAAAGAAACAUGAUUACCACUUCUACUACAAAGCCCAGAAGUUUCUUUUCCCUCCCUGAUAACCAGAUAAAAGUCAGUAUAAUUAUAGACAAAAGAAUGCUGCUUUCACGAUUGUAUGUUCACUUCCAGAACCCAAGAUUUCCUUUUAUUUUUAUAAUGCAUCUAAAAGUUUUGUACGAUUUAUUUUUUAAAUGUAGACAAAUAAAUACGACAUGGAUUAAAUCGUUGACCUAGUCAGACUGCAAGUCCCAGUGCUUCUUUGUAACGCGUUAGUGCCAAGGCCGCCCCCCCCGGGCACGCUGGGAGCCCCGCGGGGCCGAGCGCUGCACUGCAGCCUUGCACCCAGCCCACACCGAGGGCUGCAGCCGGUGGGGGCCUGGAGUGGGGCCCAUCGAGCACAGCUGAGGCUGGGGGUCCCCGAGCUCACCUCUGCGAGUUACGGAGGGCAAGGGUGGGAAACGCCCUCCGGAAUGAGCUCGCUGCUGUAAGGGUAUUGUUAGAGCAGAGCAACAGCUCGAGGUGGGAGUCCCUCUGAUCUGACAUAUCGCACAGGGAGGGGUUUUCAUUCUGCUCUGCAGUCGAACGGCACAGAUUCAGAAUUAAAUUAAAAAAAAAGGGCAGUUUGCUACUCGGCCUCCAUGCCGUACUACUAAAGCAAACAGGGGGUCAUCCAGCUACUCUAGUGAGCACAAAAAUGAUUUCAAUGAUGCACAAGCACGUGCACUGUUAAAAGAAGCUUUUGAUAAAUCACAGUUUUUCAGGGAAAUGGAAAUAAGCAAAAUAUAAUUUAUUAAGAUGUUUAAGGAACAUGGUUUUAGUACGACUUAUUCAUUACUAUUUUGAAUUUACCGUAGCUGUUUCCUGAGAUUGUAUCAGAUUCUUUGUUUAACACACCACCUUAAAAUCUUUAGUUCCUUGCUAUCCUUAACACACGCUUUACCUUUUUUUUAACUUUGUAUAAAAGGACAAAAUGUUAGCAAAAAUUCUUACAAAAUUGGGAAUUGGCAGCGGAUAAUUUUAAAGCAGAUAAACUCAGAAGCCUUGUGGAUGCUGAUCUCAAUACAUUUCUUAGUUUACAAUAGCGGACUUUCUUUUUUUAAUUUUAUUUAAGCUAAAAGUCUGAAUGGUCUGGGCAGUGGUGAAUGUUCAUUUGUAUCCUUUUAUUGUAGUUGAACACCAAUUAGAUUGUGGAGAGUCUCAGAAACAAAACCGAACAAAAACCAGUCAAGAUCUAUGUCUUGCUUUUAGUGGAUUGUUAAGAAUAACUUUGCACAUAUACCCCACUUUUUAGACACCAUCAAAUCUCUUUUUUUGGUGGUCAAAGUGGCUAUUUAAUAUAUUUUAAAGGUGUCCUUUUUGGCUGUAUAAAUGUGUGGUUACAUAUUGACAGUUCACUGCCCACAUUAAAGUGCAUUAUUGUAAUUUUUGCUCAGGGUUUUUAGAAAAUUAGCACAGAAAAGUAGCUUAUUUUUAAAAAAAGAUGAUGGAAGAGAUGUUAACACUGUAAUAGAAGAAAGGUGUGUUUGCCAUUAUAUAUUUAGCAAGUAUGGUUAUCAUCUUCUACGGAUAUUAAAUCUUGACUUUUCCUAUUUCUAUUAUCUUAUGGGCAUUUACCACUAACCAGACCAAACAACCUUGGUAAGGCUGAGAUCUUUAUUAAUACACUUUUACAGGUAAAAAUAUUGAUACUUAUAAAUUUUGUUCUUUGACAGAACAAUAUAUGGUACUAGAGAUCUACUUUAUUAAGUAGACUAAUUAAAACUCAGUUCUACUAUGUGCCUUAUGAUAUACCUUGGGAGUAAGUUUGUGAAAAAUCAGGAUAUAUGUGUUGUUUGUUAAAUUAACUGUUUUAAGCCCUUUUGACACCUCACUAGUUUUGUACUGUUUUACCUCUUAUUUCUGAAACUCUUUUUAUGGUGUAUCCUGUUAGAGGGGACAAACAUGUCAUAGAAAGCAGUUGUGCACUCUUUCAGAUAUAGUUGAUAAAUCCAAUAAUCUUAUAUAUUGAGCUUCGUGUUUAUAGUACAGUAAGUGGUCUAGCAAAAUUGUCCAUGUUUCUUUGUUUAUUGAUAAAUGCAUUGUAUAGAAACUAUUUCCCCUAAAUAUUUAUGGACCAAACAAUUGUGAUAUAUCCUAUUAAAUUUGUGUGAAUAAACCAUUUUGAAUCUAA